AUGGAUAUUCGAUCGUUUUUAAGUAAAAAAAAAUCUGAUGAAGAUAAUGCAUCUGCUGUGCUUGAGCCACACACAUCGAGAAAUACAAGUGUUUCUGCUCAAGUAAAUUCAAACCCGGAAUGUUCUACGUCAAUAAAUACGGUACCUACAUUAACUAUUAAUUAUACGCCAAAUGAUUGUGAGUCAUAUCCAGAUUUAGGAUUUUAUAUUAAUAAAUCAAAUUUAUCAGAUGAACUUAAAUAUAAAUUACUAACAAAACCAAAUGUUCCUUCUGAUAAUUAUGAUUUUAAGAAUGACCGUAUUGCACAAAAAAGGAAUUUUAAAAUAGAAUGGCUUAAACAAUAUCGCUGGUUAGUUUAUUCUAGACAUUUAAAAGGCGGCUUAUGCAAACAUUGUGUUGUUUUUCGUCUUGUCGUUAAAAGAGGAUUAUUAGGAACGUUCAUUAUUGUAAGUGAAUUUACCAAGUAUAAAGAUUUUCAUUUUCACUUAAUAUUUUUAUAUCACUGCCUCCGACAACGUGCACAAUAG